AUGAUUCUCAAGACGCCACCCAACUCGUCUGUCUGUAUUGGGAGUAACCAGGCUGGCGAGUCAGUUUCUGCUGUCGGUCAGGAGAAUACCACCGCUGUACGCGCUAGGAAACUCACGUCGACAGGGGCGGGAAGUGACGAGAUUGACGAACAGCAGGACCAUAAUCAAGGUGGAGAUAUCUCGCUCAACUCCUACGAUGCUACUGCUGCUGCUGCUGCUGCUGCUGACUAUGGAAGGCAGCGACCUACGGCUCUGGACCAAGAGAAUUCGAACAAGUCAACGACGACGGCAGUUCGAGCGUCCGGCAGUAUUCACGAACACAGUUCUCAUAUCGGCAACGACAGUAUUAGCAACGGCCAGGCCGAGGGACAGAAGCAGGCCGCCGCAUUCUCGACAUCAAGCACACAAGUCAACGACAACAACGACAAUAACAACAACAACGAUAAGGGUUUAGGUCGUCGUGAGGUGAGGAGGAUCGGGCGAUUGUCGACCCCUGACCGUGGGAGAAUUAUGGUGGCCUGGUCCAUGAUUCCCAGGGGCACAUUCUUGUACCGCUUAGCUGCUCAAGCCACUGUCUGUGAUACUGAUAAUCGGACUCGACGGUGUGCUUCUUGUCUCAAGCAGAUUGGUUCCCACGACCACGACAUGGCGGUCGUGAAAGAGGAGAAGGUGGAGGUGGCAAGGAAGGUGAGCGGCGGUGGUCAUGGGUGUGAGGGGUGUGGAGAGAUUUGGUAUUGUGAUCACGCCUGUGCGGAUCGGGAUUGGGAGGUCUUGCAUGCUGCCGAGUGUCGGUUCCUCAAGGCCCUCUACCAAGGCGUUCCUUCUACCACCACCACCUCCUCCUCUUCCAACGAUAACACCAACACCGACGAGGACGAAGUAGCAUGGAUGACAUCAGUUGGAAACCCGCACCGCGAAGCCAUCACCCGAUUCUCCCAACAAGGAUUCGAACCCUACACCCAAGACUACUGCCGAAUCCUCAUCCGGAUCCUCACCCAUCGAUUCCACGAAUUCACAGACCCUCCUCUCUCGAUUCAACUCGGUGUUACUCUUACCGACCCACCCUACUUGGAGUCUGCAGAUCCGGACCAGUCGAAGGGACCGUUACCGUAUUCGGUUGUUGACGAUCUAGUGAUGAACAAGGAGAGUUUUUCGAGGGAGAAGGUUGAGGGGGAGUUUCGGGAUGUGGUGCGGAUCCUGGAUGCGUUUCAGAGUCACCUUGAGGCUUCUUACCUGCCGCGGAUGGACCGACGUCAUCGUCAGCAUAAAGGAACAAAGGCGAUGACAGAAGGAUCUGGGAAGGCGCUAAAGCCGCCACGGAGACUUUUGGAGACAGAAUUGAUGAACCUGGUCAUGAGGGAGGAAUGCAACUCCUUUGGAAUGUACGAGUACCCUUCCUUCCCCCUUACUCCUCCUCCGACCACUUCCACUUCCACCACCACCGUCGUCGCCGCCGCCGCCGCCGCCGCCGCCUCAGGCACGGAUGCAGGAGAAAAAAGCGAAGGAAAGGACAACUCUAAAAUAUGCUACGCUCUGGGCCUCUUCGUCCGCCAACACCUCUACGGAUUCAACCACUCCUGUAGCCCCAACUUGUUUCAUGUGGCCCACAACAACCAGCUCCUGUUGUACGCUGCGCGUGAUAUCCAGCCCGGGGAGGAGAUCAAUAUCACCUACCUCGAGUUUGGACCCCAUUACCGGAUCCCCCCACCUUCAAGAGCUGAAGCAGGAACAAGGAAGGGAGUUGAGGAGGAGGAGGAGGAGGAGAAGGAGGGGAGGAAGAAGAAGAAGGAGGCUUUCGAGAAUCGGAAGCGGUUUCUGAAGAGCCAUUUUUAUUUCGACUGUAGGUGUGCUCGAUGCACCUACGAGGAUACCCUCUACUCUUCCUCUGACGAUGACGCAAAGGAGGGGGUGAAGGGAUUGACAGGGGGGGAGGAGGAGCGGUUCUUGAGGGAGGGGUUGAGUUGUGAGCGGGAAGGAUGUUUUGGAUUCUAUGCUCCACCUACAGUCCUUCGUGCCCGACAGGACAACAAGGGUAGCAAGAAUGGUUGGGAUGAUGGAUCGAAUAUGGGCGGACGAUGGGGAUGUGUUGCCUGUAGUCGUCUCCAAUCUUAA